UUGUUAAAACAACUUGAAGUUAAGGCGCUCCAGCUCGCGUGUCCACUUCCUGCUUCGUCCUCAACUCAACGACUGCCUGUUUCUACGGCUGGCAUGGCAAUAAUGUCUGCUCGGGCAGCAGCAGCUUCUUCGCGAGCCGCUGUUCACACGGCACACCUACGUUGCGAAUGGGAUCAACUUACAUCAGCGCUUGCUGAAACAGCAGAGGCGCUAGCGCGUGCCCAACGCACCGAUAGCAUUUUUCAUGCCGUGGAAGCAGUGGCAAGUCGCACCGAAGCCAUACGAUUAUUGAUAACGCCAGCAAUGGUCUCAGCUAAUGAGUCAGAAAUUAUUUUGCAUCCGUCUGAAAAUUCCACAAUUGGUGAGGUUCUCAAGCCCGGUCAGUUGACCUCGCCAAGUCGAAGGCUCUGUCUGAGUGACCGAACAAAUGUCUCUAAGAUAAAUAACAUGGAUGAGGUUCAAACUGUCCUUACAGAGAACAAGGUGAACAAGCUACUUGCAGUCUCUUUCAUGAUAAUAUUUGUUUUCCGACUAGAUCAUUUCUGA